GAACCAUCAAUAUGCCUAAGCAAGUUCUCGACGUGGGCAACUGUGGUUACGACCAUGGUUCGUUGAAAGAUUUGAUCGAACGCAACUUCGACGCGAAGCUGCUCCAAUCGCACGGGCCCACCGAUACAUUGAAAAUGCUGCGCGAACAAACCUUCGCGUUGGUGGUCAUUAAUCGUAAGCUCGAUCGCGAUCAUUCCGACGGAAUGGACAUCUUGAAAGAGAUGAAAGCGGACGACCAGCUGAAAGAAAUCCCUGUCAUGCUUCUCUCGAACUAUGAGGACGCCCAAGCUGCCGCGGUCGAAGCAGGCGCCCUACGCGUCGGCACGAUCGUUGAAGCAGAAGACUUCCCCGAGGCUCGGCGGCCUGCCUACAAGCUGAAGAUCGACUUCGGCGGGCCUUUGGGAAUCAAAAAAUCGAGUGCCCAGAUCACGCAGCUCUAUUCGCGAGAAGAACUCGUCGGUAAACAGAUCAUUGCCGUCACCAACUUUCCUCCCAAGCAGAUCGGUCCUAUUCGCAGCGAAGUCCUUGUCACGGGCUUCUAUGGCGAAGACGGCGCGGUAACCCUGGCC